UAAGUGGUAAUAAUAGUUUCUCAUUGUCCUUUCAGAUGCAGAUAUUUGUAAAGACACUCACUGGAAAAACCAUUACUCUCGAGGUUGAGAGUUCAGACACAAUUGAUAACGUGAAGGCCAAAAUUCAAGACAAGGAAGGAAUUCCCCCUGACCAGCAGCGAUUGAUAUUUGCAGGGAAGCAACUUGAAGAUGGAAGGACACUUGCUGAUUAUAACAUACAGAAGGAGUCGACACUUCAUCUGGUGUUGCGUUUGAGGGGAGGUAUGCAGAUUUUUGUCAAAACUUUGACAGGAAAGACCAUCACUUUGGAAGUGGAGAGCUCUGACACUAUUGACAACGUGAAGGCCAAAAUUCAGGAUAAAGAAGGGAUCCCACCAGAUCAGCAGAGGCUCAUAUUUGCUGGUAAGCAGCUGGAGGAUGGGCGCACCCUUGCAGAUUACAAUAUCCAAAAGGAAUCCACACUCCACCUUGUGCUUCGCCUUCGUGGUGGUGAAUAUUGAGGAUUGAAGUGCUGCUGGUGUUUUAUAUAAGAUGCCUACCGUCUUGUUCUAAUGGUUUUGUUGUUAAGACUUCUUUUUGGUUUCUCAAGUAUUCUUCUAAUGUUGAAUGACCAACUUUAAGGGGUUCGCUUUCAACUAGAUGUUAUUCUCUGUUUCUUUUCCUUUGCUCUGCUAAAUAUUAGGUCAUUCUGUUUCUUGAGUAAA